GUCCGUAGCGCUCAGCGUUACUGUCGUUUGAUUUUGCGAUCGUAAAAUGCCUGAACCUGCCAAGUCUGCGCCCAAGAAGGGCUCCAAGAAAGCGGUGACCAAAACCGCUGGCAAGGGAGGAAAGAAGAGGAAGAGGACCAGGAAGGAGAGCUAUGCCAUCUACGUGUACAAGGUGCUGAAGCAGGUCCACCCCGACACCGGCAUCUCGUCCAAGGCCAUGAGCAUUAUGAACUCGUUCGUUAACGACAUUUUUGAACGCAUCGCUUCUGAGGCUUCUCGUCUGGCGCACUACAACAAGCGCUCCACCAUCACCUCCAGGGAGAUUCAGACCGCUGUCCGCCUCUUGCUGCCUGGUGAGCUGGCUAAGCACGCCGUUUCUGAGGGCACCAAGGCUGUUACCAAGUACACCAGCUCAAAGUAAACUGCUGGUUAACGUCACGAACCCAAAGGCUCUUUUAAGAGCCACCCACAUUUUCUAAUGAGAAAUAAUCCUGGCACCAAUAAUAAACAAGCUCGGUGUGAAUUUGUACCGCUAAUAUUAGUUUUUCCAGUACUAAAUCCUAUGAACUGAUAAAAGUAUUGAUGGGUCCAGCAACACCGGCGCAAGUGUCAAAACUCAUGGAGCGAAACCUGUGUCGAUGCGUGUGUUGCUCUAAGAAAAAGUCACGUGACCGAAACUGCUGCUGUGUCGGUCAUUGCCAAGGCG